AUGAUGAUGGACCUUUUUGAAACUAGCUCCUAUUUCUUCUACUUGGACGGAGAAAAUGGAGCUCUGCAGCAGCUGGAGAUGGCAGAGGGGUCCCCUCUGUACCCAGGCAGCGAUGGCACUUUGUCCCCCUGUCAGGACCAAAUGCCCCCAGAAGCUGGGAGUGACAGCAGUGGAGAGGAGCAUGUGCUGGCACCCCCGGGCCUACAACCCCCUCAUUGCCCCGGCCAGUGUUUGAUCUGGGCUUGUAAGACCUGCAAGAGGAAAUCGGCCCCCACCGACAGGAGGAAAGCAGCCACUCUGCGGGAGAGGAGGCGGCUGAAGAAGAUCAACGAAGCCUUCGAGGCUCUGAAAAGAAGGACUGUGGCAAACCCCAACCAGCGGCUGCCCAAGGUGGAGAUCCUGAGGAGUGCCAUCAGCUACAUAGAGAAGCUGCAGGAUCUCCUGCACAGGCUGGAUCAGCAGGAGAAAAUGCAGGAGAUUGGGGGAGACCCUUUUAGCUUCAGCCCUAAGCAGGGAAAUAUCCCAAGUUCAGAUUUCCUGAGCACCUGCAGCUCCGACUGGCAAAAUGUUUCUGAUCAUUCCAGAGUGCUGGCAAUCAACGCCAAAGAAGGAGCCUCCAUCGUUGAAUCUUCAGCCUCUAGCAGCCUUCGUUGUCUUUCUUCGAUAGUGGACAGUAUUUCUUCAGAAGAUCCCAAACUUCCCAGCGUGGAGGAAGUGGUAGAGAAGUAGAUCUGCAUUUGGCCUGGUAGUAUUUUGAACGCAGAUAACAAGGAACUCACCCCACAACCUAUAAAUGAAAUAAUGAAUUAAUUUAAUAUUUUAGCAAUCCCAGACAGGGGCCUUGUUAAAGGCACUGGUAGGCAGAUAAAGUUGAAUCUUCUUAAAAAGAAAUGUUCCUCCGAUAAUUGUA